UAUCACAAAAUACAACUGCUUAUUAGGGCCUUAUUCACAUUGCUUAACCUUAUAGAAACGACCCUACUUGUGUCCUUUCAGCACUUAGAGAACCAGUCAGAAAAAGGACACUGAAACUUCAAAAAUUCUCUUUUGGGCUACAUGUGGAAUUUCCUUUAUGCCAUCUGAACGUGGUCAUCCAACCCAGGAAAAUGUGGUUGCUAAAUUUUCAUUUUAGAGUUCACCAUCAGAUACGUCUCAAACUGAAGGGCAACCAUCAUCUUUUUUCAACAUGUCAAUAAAUUCCUCAGUGGAAAGGUGAUGAAAGGAAAGGCAAGGAGUCUACUGAGGUGGAACACCACUCAUUGAGCAAUGGAAGAGCUGAUGCUCGUUACAAUCAGCUCAGUGUAACUUAUCAGGCCCUCAAUGACAAACAUUAAAACAAGUGAUUUCCUGAGAACCUGCACCCUUUGCCACCCCCCUUUUUGGAGGAAUGCUUAGGCUGCUGUCAUCAAAUGGAGUCACAUCCUGGCUAAAUCCAGAAGAGCGGGUUGAUGGAGCAGAGGGGGAUGAGAAUGGAAUUGGCAAGAAGGGUAGAAAGGACUGUGCCUGUCAGAAACUCUGCUUUGCACUCUCUGAAGAAGGUUGAAUCCAAAAUCCCUGUGACAAAGGUGAGAAGAUGCUAAAGACAUGGUAUUUUGUCCUGCUCUGUUGGCUGUCCUUGCGGCUUGAAGCUAAUCCUGGUCUUAAAGUGAGGAUUACUCAGAAGGGACUGGACUAUGGCAGGAGGAUUGGGAUGGAGCUCGUGAAGCAAGCAGUAUUGAAAGAGACCUUCCCAAGCUGGAGCGGGCAGGAGAGUUUGUCAGUUGUUAAGGUCAACUAUGUAAUUUCUAGGCUUAGAAUUAAUGCUGUAGAUUUCCCAGAAACUUCUGCUUCUUUUAUUCCUGGCACUGGCAUUUGUCUGUCAGUGGCACGGGCUUCUGCUACAAUCAGUGCAGACUGGAGAAUGAACGCUUGGCUGCUCAAAGGCAAAGGAGAAAUUACUGUGUCCAUCUCAGGACUGUUUAUUUCCAUUAUCUUCAAUGUGUCACGGGAUAGCACAGGCCACUUGUCCACGUUGCUACACAAUUGCCAGCUGAGCAUUGGCAGUGUAAAAGUCAAGUUAAGUGGAAGAUCUAGCUGGAUCUACAGCUUUCUAUCUGGUUAUCUUGAGAAGCCCAUUUACACCAAAUUGGAUAAAAAUCUAUGCCUAAAUAUCAAAUACAAAAUCCAAAUGAUGGAUGCACAGCUUAGAAAGCAUAAGGUCUUAAGCCAGAUUGACACCUUUGCACAAGUAGACUAUUCCCUACUUAGUUCUCCAGCAGUCUUCAAAUCACACAUUAACUUGGAUUUGAAGGGCACAGUCUAUCCAGUAGGUAAUCACACAGACCCUCCCUUUAUGCCAGCUCCAUUUGCUCUCCCAAACCAGGGUGAUUCCAUGAUAUACCUGGGAGUCUCCAAUUAUUUUCUAAAGUCUGCUUCACUGGCUUACUACAGAGCAGGGGCCUUUAACAUCACCAUCUCCGAAGAGCUUGCUACUACUUUUAGCUUAAAUACCUCCCUACUCAAAUAUUUUGUCUCUGAGACGUCUCUGAGUCAGGCAGCAGCGUGCCCAGUGCUGCUGAAUCUGAUGGCCACUUUACCUCCUGCAGUCAGUUUAAAUGCAGACAGAUGUGUCCUACAGAUCACUGGUUCUGUAGAAGUGUUUGCUGCUCUGCCAAAUUCAACCACCCAGUACAUCUUUACAGGGAAUCUGACAGCCAGUACCACAGCCAAUUUGACAAUAACCAAACAGAAGUUGAUUAUCUCAUUACUUCUGAAGAGGUUCCAGUUCUCCCUGCUGCACUCCAGUCUUGGCUUCCCUGAGCAGAAGUCAGUGGUGGAGAAUUUUCUGUCGUAUGCUUUACGGAGAGUAGUAAUCCCAGUAAUCAAUGAUAAACUAGGAAAAGGAUUUCCUCUUCUUAACUUGGCCCACACUAGCCUGACUGGACCUGCAAUAAAAAUGAAUCAGGGUCAUCUGGUUAUUUCCACUGAUGUUCACUACCAGCCAGAGGACAGGGAAGAUGAGGACCUCCACAGCCACUCCUGAUGUCUUUUUACUUCUAAAGAAUAAUAAGAGAAAAAUGUAGUUUUCCUUCUGUUGGCUUGUAGGGAGUAGAUGCUAUAACAUUAGAAGCAUGGCUUUUCAUCACUAUUUUUAGUGUUUUAGUAAAACUUUUUAAGCACUUUUCACAAAGUGAAUGUGUCGGUUUUUAGUACAGUGAGUGUAGCUAACUGUUAUCGAUGCUUUGGAAAACUUGUUGCAGCCUGAUCUGAAGCAGCAACUGGUUCUUUUCUGUAGAGUUAUAGAAACCACAUUUUGUUAAUUUUAGGAACAAGUUCUUGCAUUAUUCAGUUUAUCUCCAUUAGCAUUAGCAACAUUUUGUGUAUGGAGUGAGAUCUUAUUCUUUGUAAGCGUUUCACAAUUUGUCCCUUUGUAACUGGAUACCAAGAGUGGGAAGAAAUUUAUAAAAUCCAGUUAAUUGCCAUAUAGUUACAGAAUCAUAUAAUCUAGUCCAGACACUGGCUCAAAACAGGACUAAUUAUAUGAGGUUAUUGAGCACUAUGUCCAGUCAACUCUUGAAUGCCUUCAAGGAUGGAGAUUCCACAGUCUCUCCAGGCAAUCUGUUCCACUGUUUAACUCCCUUCAGAAUAAUCUUUUUCCUAAUAUCAAAUCAGCAUUUCUCAUGUUCCAGCUUGUUCUGUGGCCUUUUGUACUUUCACCAUACACUUCCAAGAUGAGACUGAUUCCAUUUUCUGUGUAGUCUCUGAUCAAAACAUUGCAGGCAACAAAAUGGCCUUUCAGGCCCUCUCUUCUCCAAGCUGAACAGGCCUAAUCUCUCAGACUCUCCUUGUAGUUCAUGUUCUCAAGCCUCCUUGAGAACCUGCACCUGCUGGUGCAGUCCAGAGGCCAAGCCUUGCUAGUAAAAGCAGCCUUUUCUUUUGUCACUAGUCUCCCAUCUUACUGAGCAAUAAGCCCAUCUUCUUCUGCUAUAAAUGUACUUAGGGAAACCUUUCCUGUUGCACUUUGGCUUUCCUGACUUUAUUCCUAUAUGUGCAAACAAGAUCUUUGUGUUCCUUCCAAGUAUCUGGUCUCGAUUUCCAUCUUCUGUAUGCUUCCUUUUUGUGUUUGAGCUCACUCAGGAGCUCCAAGUUCAUCCAUCAUGGCUUUCUGCCACAGUUGCUCAGCUGUCUGAACGUUGUAAUGGACUAUUCGUAUGCUCUGAGGCGGCUGCCCUUGAAGAUUAGCCAGCUCUUCUGGGCCUCUGCUCUCCAGGGCAAUUUCCCACAGAUCUUGCCAAGCAGGUCCCUGUAAUCUUCUCAUCUGAAGUCUAUGGUUGUAAUUCUGUUCUUUGUCUUGCUGCUUCUCUCAGGAUCUGAAAAUCCAGAGUUUCAUGCUCACUGCAGCCAAGGCUGUCCUUGGCUUCUAUAUCAUCCAGCAGUUGCUCCUUGUUUGUGAGUCGCUGUACCUCUUUGAGGGUAUCAAUCUCCAAAUAAUUCCAUACUUCUAAUAUUUAUAAAAUGGAGAUGGUAGCUUUAUUUUGUCUUAUGUCAGUGUCAUCAGAGACACUCAACCAGGAGAUAUUAAGUGUGUGAAAAGAAAAACUAGUCUGCAAAUGUCUCACCAUAGAAAGUUCAGUUCCAGCUUGGGACAGACAUGUGGCUUCCAUAGUUUUAGCUGAAUCAGUUUAUUUAUCUAGCUGGCUGAUACAGUUUUUUAAUAUAAAAAAGCAUCCUGAAACCAAACAGCAGUAAAUCACAGCAUCUGAUUCAUUGUAUUCUGUAGUAGACUCAAAAGAAAUGAAGAUUUUUAAUUAGUUUGGUGUCCUUCACUGAUAUCAGGAAAUUUGUUCUGCCUAUUUGGAGGACAAUUCAUGAGAUACAGGGGAAAAAGAAAACUGAAGCUCUGGUGUCUAUCUAUUUUCUCUUCCAAAGGGACACACGCUUCAGGACUGACCAAGUACCAUGGCUCAAUGGACCUUUUCAGGCUAGAGUCAUGGCUUAGCACAACACUGUCUCUUAAGCUCUAGUCCUCUGGCUGUUCACAAAGUGAUGUAGUAAUUUCUCUGAGGACUAAAGAGGAUGUCACAUAAACCAACAGUUCCCUCUGAAUCAUCCUGUACUUACCUACAGGUCAUUAUACCAUUUUUGAUCUCAUGGUGUCUCCUGAUUGAUAGAACCAUGGAAAUUAUUCAUGUUCAUCAAUUAGCUGCAGAAUAGAGAGCAUGGAGAAAAGGGAGAAUUGGGGAGCAGGGAAAAGGGACCACUGGAGCACUGAGCCAGAGGCAGGGGCAAGAAGCAUGCAAAACCAGUGUUCUGCAGAGAUAUACAACAAGUUUGUAGUAUUGCCAUACUGAUAACUUCAUUUGGUUUCUUGUGUAUUGGGUAAAAAGGGUUGAAACCUAUAUCCCCUUUAUCAUACACAUCAAAGAAAAUUCAGAGAAAGCUGAAAUAAAACACUCCUCUUAGAGGCUCUUUGUAACACCUUGAAGGGUGAAAAGUUUGGAUGUAGAAGCUAUUUAUAGUGUAUUUGAAUGUGCUAUCUGAAUGUGCCUGUAAGUAGACAGCUGCCUUUUAUUCAUAUACUUGUAGAAAGAAAUGAUGGAACUGUUCUGGAAGCCUUAGUGUGUUUUUGUUAACUUUUGCUAAAAGUCUUAUCUAAACUGGGUGGUACUCUCUUAG